CCUUCAAUGAUUCACCCCGAAGCAAUAUUAUGCUACGGGCCUCAUAAUUUUUACUUGGUUUUAUUUGGUAUUGGCUUGCUAAGGUCUUUUCUCUCUGAGCUGAAUUAAUUUCAAGACCUUGGCUAACCUUGCCUUUUAAACCAAGAAAAACCAAAAAAAGAAUUUAGAUCCCAAGCAAAAACUUCGAAAAAAAAAAAUACACACAACAAGGCAUUGGAAAUUAUUAUUUAACAAUAUGGCAAGCAAGGUUACCUUUGUUCUAUUGGCUGUUUUUGCCAUUAUUGUUCCAUGCCUUGAGGCUGGUAUUGCAGAGUUUGAUGAUUAUCUCAAAGCCCAAGAGGAAAUUGCCCGUGAAAUUGCUUUUAAGUCCUAUGUGCCAAACCCUGAAAAUAUUACAACCGAGCUCAACAUGCACGUUCACAUUGCCAUGGAAGAGUACACAAACAGCACAAGGAGGGAACUAAGGCAGAGAGGUGGACGUAGAGGAAGAAAAUGCAUGGCGACCAACCCAAUUGAUCGUUGCUGGAGGUGUAGGAAAAAUUGGGCCCAAGACCGCCAAUUGCUAGCUAAAUGUGGCAAGGGUUUCGGAAGAAGGGCAGUCGGAGGACUCGGCGGCCCUAUCUAUGUAGUCACCGAUGAUUCUGAUAACGACAUGGUUAGCCCUAAACCCGGAACCUUGAGAUAUGCUGUGGUCCAAAAGGGACCACUUUGGAUCAUUUUUGCACGUAGCAUGGUCAUUACAUUGCAACAAGAGUUGUUGAUUUCAUCCGACAAGACCAUUGAUGGUCGUGGCGCCAAUGUGCAAAUUAGGGGUGGUGCUGGACUCACCAUGCAAUUCGUCAACAAUGUCAUCGUCCAUGGCAUUCGCGUCAAAAAUAUCAAGGCUAGGAAUGGUGGUAUGAUUAGGGAUUCAUAUAACCACGUUGGAAUGAGGACCAGGAGUGAUGGUGAUGCCAUCUCCAUUUUCGGCUCAUCCAACAUUUGGAUUGAUCAUCUUUCCUUGUCCGAAUGUGAGGAUGGUCUUGUCGACGUUAUUCAGGGAUCUACCGCAAUCACCAUCUCAAAUUGCCACAUGACCAAACACAACGAUGUGAUGUUGUUUGGAGCUAGUGACAGCUACUCUGGUGACAAGAUCAUGCAGAUCACAGUGGCGUUCAACCACUUUGGACAGGGUCUGAUCCAGAGGAUGCCAAGGUGCAGAUGGGGUUUCGUCCAUGUGUUGAACAAUGACUACACCCAUUGGCUGAUGUACGCGAUUGGUGGGAGUUCGGGGCCAACCAUUCUGAGCCAGGGCAACAGGUUCAUUGCACCUAACAACGAUGCUGCCAAGGAGAUCACACACAGGGAUUACGCAACCCCUGCUGUAUGGUCUAAGUGGCAAUGGACUUCACAGAAUGAUCUUUUCAUGAAUGGUGCCAAGUUUGUUUCUUCUGGAUCACCUAUUGGAAAGUUGCCAUUCAAGAAGGGUUUCAUAAUGAAACCAAGGCCUGGAAUUUUUGCUAAUAGGCUUACACGCUUUUCUGGGGCUCUCAAUUGCAGGAUUGGUAGACCUUGUUAGUGAAUUCUAUUCAUUCAUCAUUAUGUACUUGUAAAGAAAAAAAUCAAGGGAAAAAAAAGAAUGAAUUAGAACACCUCUAAUUCCUAUUUUUAGUAUGGACUGAAAUGUUUUAGAGGGAAAUGUAUAGGGAAUGUUCGAUAUUGUGGCUUUUGGGAGAGAAUGAAAAAGGAAAGUUGUUGCUUGGGGUUAAGAUGAAAAGAAAUAAGAUGGGAUAGAUCCAAAUCGUUUUAUGAAUACAUUUUUUGUUUGUGUUUCUCAAAA